AUGGACGGCCAACCUCGCCGGCUCAUGCCGGCUGCACCCCCGGCGCGUUCGUACUUCAAGGACGUGGUUGACUUUAUCCACCGGGUGGUGCCGGACUCGACACGACACAAGUCCCCACCAAAGGCUGACGAUGUCUCCUGGGUCAAGAUCAGGACCUGUCGAUCGCGCGCGGGCCACGCUGCCACGUACAUGAUCAUGGCCUACGCCAACGGCGGUCAAGUGUGGCAGCUCCACGAAAACAACGAGGCCGAGGAGCUGUUGUCGUUCCGCGGCGGCCGCCUCUCCUGCGCCGCCAUCGUCCCAGAGUCCUCCGCGCCCCCAACACAGGACAACCUGUUUCGGUUUCGGCCACUCCUGGCCUACUGCAGCACCGACAAGUCAUCGCGGACAAAGGCUGUGAUUCAGUUCACGUCGCUCAAAUUGAAGACUGCGCAUCCGGAAACGAUUUCCGUGCGCGGGUGGCCGCGUGCCAUUGAGGCAAAUCCGUCCGUCCUCGUCGUGAUGCUGGCUGGCGAAUUGCGCGUGUACCGGUCUGAAGACUUUGAACACGUCUUUACCCUUGAAGAUGUGGCGCCGAUGAAGCCGACGCUGAAUCUGCAAGGGUGCAUCUCCCUGGGGCCGCGGUGGUUGGCGUACCCGACGUGCCGUGCAGCGUCGUCAUCGUCACGCGAGGCCGCCGUGGCCACGCCAGACACCAUGCAGACAAUGAUGCAGCUUGCCCAGCAGACGGGGGAGCGCCUGUACUACUUCAGCGACAAGGGCUACAGGACCGUGUCCGAGUUUGUGACGGGCAGGCACCAGCCAACGUCCCACUCCCACCACUCGCACUCCCACCAUUCGCACUCCCACCACUCCCACCACUCCCACCACCAUCAGCAAUCGUCCACCGUAAGCACGGACUCAAGCACCUCCGCUUCAGAGAGCAACGGCACUGGUGUUGGAUACAUCCACAUUGUCGACGUCAAGGAGACCAUGGCCCGCUUCCACAGCCACGCCGCCGACGACAAAUCGCCUGUGCCGCCGUCCAUCAUCUGCCACUUCCGUGCGCACAUUUCGCCCAUUGCGGCCAUGGCCUUCAACGACAGCGGCACCCUCCUCGCCACCGCAGACACAACCGGCCAGAACAUCAACGUCUUUGAGCUUCUGCCGGGCACGCCCACUGGCGCGCAGCAGUUGUACUCGCUGCAACGCGGCAUGACGCAAGCCGUCAUCCAGGACAUGGCGUUUAGCCUUGAUGACCGCUGGAUCGCCGUCGCCAGCCACCGCGGCACUGUGCACAUGUUCCCCAUCCAUCCAAGGGGAAACGAGAUCAACGCGGGGUCACACCUGCCCAUCAAAGUCCCCAACGCCAGUGAGUUCCUGCAGAGCUCUGGGGCGGCGCAGCAGCAGCGGCGGCGGCAGCAGCUGGCAGACCCGACGGUGGUGCGCGGACUGCAGAAGAUUCGCUGCAUUGCUGUUGAGGCAGACAGGUCCCAUCGCGAUGACUCAACCUCCAUGUCUCGAACGUCAUCCACUUCCGAGGACCUCAACGACGUGAGUGUUGGUGGCAUCAUUGCCGUCCACUUCCGCCCGCCGCCGCACGUGGACCAGCUGCUCACAGACGCGGCUGUCCUGCACCUCCUCAUCCUCACCAACGAGGGGAAACUCAACGAGUUUGAGAUGCACGUGCAGCGCGCAAGGCCGCCGCCACGCACCACUGGGCAUGUUGUUGGCCAGUUCCUUGGCGGAUUCCAGAAGCUUCUCUCACGACCCGAGCACCCGGCCGCAAAGUCUGUCGCCCCGCCAGAACCAGAGCCACAAGUCCAGACGGAGGAGAUUGCGCUGCUGACGGCGCCAAAGCAGCUGUGGAACCUGUGCCGCGCAGAAUCGUGGCCAGACAUGCUCGAGAGCACGCGCUUGCUCGAGCAAAACUCGGGCACGGCGCCGACGGCGUGGGAUGACGUCAUGUCUGUGAGUCCCGGAACUGCGAAGCAGCGGCGCUGGCUCUCGGAGGUGGAGAUGAAGACGCACAUGCCACCACACCGCUCCCUCUGGCUCGGCCCCCAGUUCACCUUCAACGUGUACUCGGCGGCGCCUGUGGGCGCAGAGCGGACGAAAGGCAACAGGAGCGCGUUUAUGAAGCACAACGGCCUCCACUAUGAGCCCAUUCCCGAGGAGCGCCCCCAGUCCAGGAACCACCACGGGUCGGAGUACGGAGGGCCGGACGUGAAGGUGCAGCAGUGCGAUGCGACCGUUGAAGAGCUCGUCCAAGCGCUGGGACAGGUGUGGGAAGGGCCUGCAACUGGCGACGGCGGAACCGGACCGUCGUCAUCGUCGUCAUCCUCAGCGCAGCGCACGCGCGCGUUCUCUCUGCCGUCCAAUCCUCUGCCGACACAGCAGAACGGCAACGGGACGUAUGCCUCGCGCACGGCCAUGACGCACAACACGCCGCUCGCCACCACCACCGCCACGUCCAAGCCGGCGCACCACAACCACAAGUCACGACAUCGCCGCACGUCGUCAUCUGAUUCGGCACCGCAGCACCGCCACCGGCAGCAGCAGCCGGCGCACAGGGGCGGCAGCCGCAACGCAUCCACGUCGCCAGACAGCGACUCGUCAAACCCGUCGUUCCCGCAGUCGCGCGGCCUGGGCAUUGUCCUCGGAGAAGUGACACCUGAGGAUGAGGUGCCGCGUGUGCAUUCGCACGUGUCGCUGGACGGAUUGAUGGAAGCGUUUUCCGAUGACUCGGACGACUAUUGA